AUCCCCUCAUUAAUUUCAUUUAAUUAAUAGUACUUUAUUGCGCAGUUUGCAUAUUUCUCCUAGCUAUGUAGAAACCAGUUAAAAAUAAUGUAUGGAUUUAGCUGCAAUCCUACAGCAUUAGAUUCCCGUUUUAUUUCGACACUUCAAAAGCCAGUCCGUUCCCAUGGCGAUGGAGCUCAACCAAUUAGUUCUAAUCACUGACGCAAGAGACCACUAAAAAACCAUAAUUGAAGUUUGUUGCCUAAGUCAUUUGUUUCAAGCCAAAAAUGAAAAAUACAGCCUGAGGACCUCCGGCCGCCCGUUCGGCAUGUGUCUAUGGAAACUGGCGCAAUUGUUGUUCAAACAUAAACAAAUGCUGCGAGCCGGCAGCUAAGCCAACUAACGGGAAUGCAGGUCGCUGCCGCCGCCGCUACAGCUAGUGUCUGGGCGUUAGUUGUUCGUGCAAACCGGUUGCCCCAAACGCUGAGCAGUCGUCGCUGAGCAUUCUUUGAGUAGAUAGAAAAUUUUUGGUCAUCAAGGCAUCAUUACCGAAUACGUGUUACAGCGCGGCAUCGUCAUGAAGAGAUGCUAUUGUGGCUACAGUGGUGGAAGCAGCAUCUUAAAGCCGACGAGCCACGUCAACAAACUGCAGCAGCGCCAGCCACUGCGCAGCGAUCUCUUAUCGGUGACGUCAUCGUCCAGGCAGAGCGCAUAUCCCACGCAGUUUGUAAAGCGACCCAACCUGAAGAGAGGCGUGGUACCGCUGGGCUUGGGUCACUCCAAGAGCGAGCUCGCGCACAACUUCAGCAGACGCAAUUCGGCAGCAACCACGUUGAGUCAUUGCUCCAGCUGGUGCAGCAGUUGCGGCUGUGCGCCACAGCAAAAGCAGCGCGAGAAUCGCGUCAAGGUACUGAGCUGGGACACCGGAGAUCACCAAGGCAACAGCAGCACUGGUCACAACAACAACAGCAACAAUACCCACUGCGAGUACACCUACAAUCGACGUCUCUAUGAGCAACGCGCCUGCGCCGUUAGCCGCUUGGCAACUGAAGGUCAGGGUCAGGUUCACAGUAGUAUGUCUGCGACUCCCUCGCCAACACCCAACUGCAAAUCGAACGGCAACACUGAGCUGCAGCGCCUGCUACAGCUGCAGCAGUUCCGGCUGCUCAAUGCCAGCGAGUGCUUCAGUGACCAGCGGCAGGAUGAGUUGCGUCUGCAGCAGGCCUAUGACAAGCUGGGCGUGGCCCACAAUGCAAAGCGUGAUAAGAACAAAGCAAAUGAGUGCAGGCAACAGAACAUGAUGGCAACAACAAUAACAACUGCAACGGGUACCACGCCCUAUGCGCUGCGUCAGAAGCUGCUGCAGCUGAGCCUACGCGAGGAGCAGGCCACUGGCCGAGGCUCGGGAGCAAUGUGCGCGCCCUUGGAGAAAAGCUGCGCUCUCAAAUAUAAUCGCGUAGAUUAAAUUAGUAUUACAUAGUAGGAAAAUAUCAGUUGGAGGGCCAAUGGCCUAUCAACUUAUCUGAUAUUGUAGAUAUUUCGAGCUAUUCACGCUCCUAAUUAUGCCAUAAGAAAGCCGUUUAAAGUAUUCCAGAGAGCAGUUCUCAAAUAAUAAUACAUAUAAGCAUUGACAUUAUAUAAUUAAGAGUCUAAUCAAUUAAUUAAAUGCCAUAUUAUUUACCUCAUAUUCACAGCUAAUUCGACUUUCAGUUAAAACUACGUGAUGCCAAUAAUUUUUAUUGCUAUAUGUAUUUCAUUUUUCAUUUUAAUAAAACA